AUGGCAUCAAUGUACUUCUCAGGAAAGAAUAGCAAUGAUAUAUUCUAUGAUGACCCUGAUAAGCGAUGUAUCUACAUAUAUCCAUCAUUAUUCAUCGAACUUAUGUCUGAUGAAGAGCAAAAUACAAGGGUCUUUUUAGACACUCCACUUUUGAAAAUCAGGAACUUAAACGAGCCUAGGGUAUUACCUGCUCCAAAGCAUAUAAUUGACAAGUUUUCAGCAUCGGUUUCGAUUGGAAGUACGCCCGACUUGUCAGCACUUUAUUAUAUCACUAAUAUGAUGGUAGCCGCUGAAUUUAGAGGGACUAAUAGUGAUGAAUUCAAGGAUAACUUUCUUGCACCGCUAGAUAUCGCUAUUAGGGGGUCAAAAUUCGCUGAUCCGCCUUUGCCAAGAUCAUACCGCUAUCCAGUAGCGCAAUCAAAUAAAGAGGUAUGGAUUCAACGAUACUUUACUACUUACAUACUGGAACCAAUUGAUAGAAUUUACAAGUCCAUUUGCGGUGAAGAUCAUGUAUUUGGGGGACAAGACACUAUAAAGCCAACUUUUACGAAUGAGAAGAAUUUACGUUUCAAUCCUGACAUGAUUCACUACCUGAAAAACAUGCUGCCUUCGUUGCAUGAAUUCCCUCAUAUAUAUUUUGGAUUGGGUGAUUACAAAACAGAAAGUUAUUGUUUAUCACAAGGAUUUGAAGAAUUGAAGACAGCUAUAAAAGAUUACAAGCAAAAAUUAUCGAAUAGUAGGCCAUUGAGGGCGAAGGAAGCCCCGCUUGUUUUUGAAGAUAAGGUUAAGAAUAAAACUAGAAGAGAAGAAUGGUCCCCGAGAGUGGUAUUUGCCUUAGUAUUACGGAAAUAUUUUUACCAGGCUUUUCUAUGUGGUACCGAUAGAGUGUUCAUUUCUGAUCAUCAAGCAUUUUCUGGUUUUUUCAAAUACAAAAUUGUAAGAGAUGAUGAUGUUGGCGACAAAAUGGACAUAGAUUACUACGUUAUUAAUGAUCCUGAGACAAUUGCGGAUGGUACUACAUUAAGGUCUGCAAUAGCUGGGUUCUUUUAUAACAACCUGGUGGAUGCAGUCAAAACUAUGGAAUCACUUAAAGAAGUAUAUAAAUUAAGAUGCAUAGAACAAGGAUCGGCACUAAAUAAAAAAGGCGAUCCACUACGUAAUGUUGCACCUAAGCCUGCGGAAAGAUCCAAGUCCAAACCUACUAGUAGCAAGUCGAGUGAGAAGGCCCAUGGAAAUCAACUUAAAGACAAACUAAAACUGAUUGAAGAAAACGAUAACUAUGAUGGCUUUGAUGAAAUCCAUAGAAACACUUACUGUCGAAUAAUAUAUGAUCCUGUCAAGGCUUUUCCUAAUAUAGGACUGUCCCUUCCGUCGCCAGUAUUCGCUAAGUUAUAUAAUUAUCCAGAGAUGGCACGGGAAAAUUUUUCAAGACGACAGAGCUACUACGAUAUGUUUAUAAAGGAAUUUGAGAUUAAUGAAAUGCUUGCACUGUCGCAAUUUGCUUCAAAUUAUGCAAGACUUAUCAUGUCUGGAUACUGGAAUGGACUCCCAAGUCAUCCGAUGCAUAUAUUUGAAUACUUAGGAGAAGAGAAGCCCAUUGAUGAAUGGGGCGCGGAAGUAUAUUACAGUAUUAAAUCAAGACUUGAAGAGAUACAUCUGAUGGCAAUAUCACAUAAUGAUAUCAGGUCCGACAAUAUACAUGUAUCUGUAACGGGAAACAUCACAUUAAUAGACUUUGGAUUAGCGAUUUAUCCUUGCAAUGAGGAGAAUAAGAAGUGCGAUAUUGAGGCUCUCGACCGGUUAUUUUCGGAUUAUUUCAAUGACAGUCAAAAUAGCUCCGAUAAUGAUUAUUGUACUGAAUGGAAUGAUGCGAAUUCCACGCACGAAGCCGUUUUCGAUGAACUGAUUACAGGGUCCGAUGAUACCCCAGAAACUACCAAGUUGGAUUUCAAUCAAAAGACUGAUAAUGGCAUGAAGAGAUAA